AUGCAGAUGUUAACAAAGUUCGAGUCCAAGAGCAACCGCGUCAAGGGUAUCGCUUUCCACCCAAAGCGUCCCUGGAUCCUCGCUGCUCUUCACAAUGGCUCGGUUCAGUUGUGGGACUACAGAAUGGGAACUCUUCUCGAGCGCUUCGAUGAACACGAUGGCCCCGUCCGUGGCAUUGCCUUCCACCCUUCGCAGCCCUUGUUUGUGUCUGCAGGAGAUGACUACAAGAUCAAGGUCUGGAACUACAAGACGCGUCGUUGCCAGUUCACACUCACAGGACAUUUGGAUUACGUUCGUACCGUCUACUUCCACCACGAAUACCCAUGGAUCCUCAGUUGUUCCGACGAUCAGACCAUCCGUAUCUGGAACUGGCAGUCGCGUAACUGUAUCGCCAUCCUGACCGGCCACAACCACUAUGUCAUGAGCGCACAGUUCCAUCCCAAGGAGGAUCUCAUCGUCUCCGCAUCUCUCGACCAGACUGUUCGUGUCUGGGAUAUCUCUGGCUUGAGAAAGAAGAACGCUGCUCCAGGAACAGUUGCCUACGACGAGAGUGCCCACCGUGCCUCGCAGCAGGCCGACAUCUUUGGAAGCACCGAUGCCAUCGUCAAAUAUGUUUUGGAGGGUCACGACCGUAGUGUCAAUUGGGCUACAUUCCAUCCUACUCUUCCCUUGAUCGUCUCUGCCGGUGACGAUCGUCAGGUCAAGCUCUGGAGAAUGAAUGAAACCAAGGCCUGGGAGGUCGACACUUGCAGGGGACACACCAACAACGUCUCAUGCACAAUCUUCCACCAACGUCAGGAGCUCAUUAUCUCAGUCGCCGAGGACAAGUGCAUUCGCGUUUGGGAUAUGUCCAAGCGUACCGCCGUUCAGACCUUCCGUCGUGAGCAUGAUCGUUUCUGGGCCUUGACUGCCCAUCCUGAGCUGAACCUGUUCGCUGCUGGUCACGACAAUGGUUUGAUUGUGUUCAAGUUGGAGCGUGAGAGACCCGCUUACUCGGUUCACCAGAACAACCUGUUCUACAUCAAGGACAAGUACUUGCGUGUCCACGACUAUGCCAACUCGCAGGACACUGCUGUCCUUGCUGUGCGCCGCACCGGAUCGCAGUUCAUUCAACCCCGCGCCCUCUCUUACAACCCCGCCGAGCGUGCAGUGUUGGUCACUUCGACUGUGGACGGAGGCACCUACGAGCUCUACAACCUCCCCAAGGACUAUGCAGGAGAGGCGCGCGAGCUCUCCAACGACGGCAAGCGUGGAUCAGGAAACUCGGCCAUCUUUAUUGCCCGCAAUCGUUUUGCGGUUCUCGAGAAGGCGACUCAGACGAUCACGAUCCGCGAUUUGCAGAACAACAGCACAAAGUCAUUCACUCCUCCCAGCGCUGUCAACGAGAUCUUUUAUGCUGGCACAGGACAGCUCUUGCUCAGCACGCCUACAUCGGUCAUCUUGUUUGACAUUCAGCAGCGCAGGACGAUUGCCGAAGUGACGACUCCUCCUGUCAAGUAUGUUGUCUGGUCGGCCGACAUGUCUCAUGUUGCCUUGUUGAGCAAGCACACGAUUACAAUUGCGACAAAGUCGUUGGAACAGACCUGCCUGAUUCAUGAGACGAUCCGCAUCAAGAGUGCGGCAUGGGACGAGAGUGGAAUCCUGAUCUACUCGACCCUCAACCACAUCAAAUACGCUCUUCCUCAGGGUGACAAUGGAAUCAUCCGCACGCUUGAUCAACCCAUCUACUUGACGCGCAUCAAGGGCAAGAACGUGUACUGCUUGGACCGUGAUGGCAAGACCCGCACCAUUGCCAUUGACCCCACCGAGUACCGCUUCAAGCAGGCAUUGACCAAGCGUAACUACGACGAGGUCCUCCAGAUUAUCCGCAACUCGAACCUUGUCGGACAAUCGAUCAUUGCGUACUUGCAGAAGAAGGGCUACCCCGAGAUUGCCUUGCACUUUGUGCGCGAGGACAAGACCCGGUUCGAGCUGGCUUUGGAGUGCGGCAACUUGGAAGUUGGUCUGGAGACAGCCAAGGUCAUGGACAAGGAGGAGUACUGGGCCAAGCUGGCGCAGGAGGCUCUUCGUCAAGGCAACCAUCAGAUUGUGGAGAUGUGCUACCAGCGCAUCAAGAACUUUGACCGCCUUUCGUUCUUGUACCUGGCCACGGGCAACACCGAGAAGCUGACCAAGAUGCUCAAGAUUGCUGAACUCCGUGGCGAUGCCAUGUCGCGUUUCCAUAACUCGAUCUUCCUCGGCAACGUCGAGGAGCGUGUCCGUCUCCUUCGCGAGGUUGGCCAGACUCCAUUGGCGUACAUGACCGCCAAGACACACGGAAUGCACGAGGUUGCGGACGAAAUCCUGGAGAGUGCAGGAUUGACGCCCGAGGAUGUCGCUGACCUUCCCACACACGGCACGCUGUUGGUUCCUCCCCGCCCCUUGAUGCGUGUGCACGACUCGAACUGGCCUCAGUUGGCAGUCUCUCGCAGCUACUUUGAAGGUGCUUUCACCGGAGACAUGGAGGGAGUUGCACCCCAGGCUCCUUUGGUGGCCAACGAGGCCGAGCCUCAGGCUGAUCAGUGGGGUAUGGACGAUGAGUUCAGCAUCCCAGCUCUUGACCACAAGGGAGCAUCGCUGGCAGUCAACAACGACGCCUUGGAUGUUGAUGGUGAUGGUGGCUGGGACUUGGAUGCGGAUUUGACUGCAGAGUUGCACGCUGAGACUGGCGCGAUUGUUGCAGAGGAUGGCGGAUUGGCGAUCCCUGUUGCUGGACAGAGCGAGGCCGAAAUUUGGUGCCAGAACUCUCCUCUCGCAGCCGACCACGUUGCUGCUGGAGCAUUUGAGUCAGCCAUGCAGCUCCUCAACCGCCAAGUCGGCGCUGUUAACUUUGAGCCACUGAAGGACCAGUUCUUGUCAAUCUUCCAGGCCAGCAGGGCGAUUCUGACAGGCAACGAGGGCAUGCCAUCGAUUACACUUCCUGUUCGCCGCAACCCCGGCGAAGUUGACCAAAGGAAGGCUCUCCCUGUCCUGAUCAAGAACUUCCAGGCUCUGAUCGCGAACGAGUUGCAGGAGGCAUACAAGGCUACCACAUCCAACAAGCUUACCGAAGCUUGCACACUGUUCCGCAGUAUCUUGCACUCGCUUCUUCUCACCAUUGUCACGCAGUCGUCCGAGGCCGAGGAGGCGCUCCAGUUGGUUGGUGUUUGCCGCGAGUACCUUCUUGGAUUGAGCAUCGAAUUGAGCCGCCGUGAGGGACAGAACGACACAUCGCCUGCUGGGGUCAAGAGAAUGUUGGAAUUGGCAGCAUACUUUACGGGAGCACAGUUGCAGCCCAAGCAUAUGAUCAUCAGUUUGCGCACGGCGAUGACGGCAUGUUACAAGCACAGGAACUUGCAGUCGGCACAGACAUUUGCACGCCGUCUGUUGGAGUUGGCACCCCCAGGGCAGGCAGCCACACUUGCUCGUCAGAUCCAGCAGGUUGCCGAGCGCAACCCCCGCGACGAGAUCCAGCUCGACUACGACCAAUACAAUGCAUUUGUGGUGUGCGGUAUCUCGUACACACCCAUCUACAGAGGCUCACCCAGCGUGCAAUGCCCAUACUGCCGAGCACAUUUCAAACCCGAGUUCCAGGGCAACCUGUGCACGAUCUGCGACAUUUCACAGAUUGGUGGAUCGGGCACAGGAAUGGUGUCAAUGGCGUAA